UCUCUCUCUCUCUCUCAUCCCAAGUUCCCAACUCACUCUUUACCCACCUCCACAAGAAGCAAUUCCCAUCUAUCUCUCUCUCUCUCUCUCUCUCUCUCUCACGGCUGCUUCUUCUACCAUGUUCUCUAACAAGAAAAGGCCAAUUCGCAGCUCAGUCUCAGUCAGCUUAUGCUGUAGCAGCUGCAAGAAACCAAACCUCUCCAAUAUUUUCCAUCCCAAGCCAAGACCCAGAAAACCCACCACCAAUUCCUACCAUAAAAGCUAUAACCAUGAAGUCUACUAUUCCUCUUCCACCUCCUCAAAAACCAACCCUACUUCCUCGGACUACGACACUACCACCUCAUUCUCUGCCAACACGCCACCGCAGUCCUCAUGGGACACAAACAGCAGCAAGAAAUGCUCGAGAACGGUUCGAGGAGUGGGGCGGGUCGGCGGCGAGAGUUUGGCAGUGGAAAAAGAGUCGGAUGACCCAUAUCUGGAUUUUCGUCAGUCAAUGCUUCAAAUGAUAUUGGAAAAAGAAAUAUACUCAAAAGACGAUCUUCGAGAGCUUCUUAACUGCUUCUUGCAGCUAAACUCGCCUUAUCACCAUGGGAUUAUCGUUAGAGCUUUUACUGAGAUCUGGGACAGUGUCUACUCCGUGAGAUCGUCAGCUGGUGCGGGUGGUGGUGGUGGUGGUGGUGGCUCCUCCCAGUCCCAGCAGAAGCUGCAUUACAAUUAUUACUAUUACGGUCAUGGCUGCUAGCUAGCUGCUAAGUGCUGAGACAGUCACGUGACUUCUAAAUGUUUUUGUGGUGCAGGUGAAAGUUUCAUGGGGUAUUUUCAUCAACUGUGAAAAGCAAGAGUCUCGAUAAUUUUAGUUGGUUGAUUGUAGAAUUGAGCUGUAAAUUAAUUAAUUAAUCAAUGUUAGAGGAUGCUUUUUCUUUUUUAUAAA